CAAGAAAUUAGCUGUCAAAGUCAACACUCAACAGUCAAGACAGUGAACAGUCGCAUAUAUUACACGCGCGCGUGUGUUUGUAAUACUAUACCUACGUUUCCCCACUUUUCCCUCGCGGAAAUGCAGCUGUAAAGUAGUGGGAAAGUUGUUUUUGGAAUGAUAGGCUCCUUGUUGUCGUCACGUUUGAUUAUUUUUCAUUCUAGCAACGACUGACGGCGUCGACGCAUCCAUGCGACAACAAAGGUCUCUCACCAGCAUCAUGCGACAGAAUACAAUGCGCCUUAUCGCUGUUUUGGCGCUGCUGGGAUUAUUGAAUUCCGUCGUCGGAUUAGUCAAAUAUCAACCAGAAGCUGUACAUAUUGCUUACGGAGAGGACAUUCAUGACAUUGUCGUAACUUGGAGCACAAGACAAGAUACUCAAGAAUCUAUUGUUGAAUAUGGCAUAAAUGGCUAUGCUUUGACUGCUUAUGGCAAUUCAACACUUUUCGUUGAUGGCGGACCUAAGAAGCACCGACAGUAUAUUCAUAGAGUUUGGUUGAAAAAUCUCACACCCAACAGCAAAUAUGUUUAUCACUGCGGUAGUGGACUUGGAUGGUCAGAUGUUUUCUACUUCAAUACUGCACCAGAUGAUUCUGAAAAUUGGUCUCCCAGAGUUGUGAUAUUCGGUGAUAUGGGAAAUGAAAAUGCUCAGAGUUUAUCAAGGCUCCAAGAAGAGACACAAAGGGGUUUAUAUGAUGCUGCCAUUCAUGUAGGAGAUUUUGCCUAUGAUAUGAAUACUCAUGAAGCUAGAGUCGGUGAUGAAUUUAUGAAACAAAUUCAAUCAGUGGCUGCAUAUUUGCCAUAUAUGACGGUGCCUGGUAAUCAUGAGGAAAAAUAUAAUUUCAGCAACUAUAGAGCACGGUUUACAAUGCCAGGAGAUUCAGAGGGAUUAUGGUACAGUUUCAAUAUGGGACCUGUACAUUUUGUAGCUAUUGAAACUGAAGCAUAUUAUUUCAUGAAUUAUGGAAUAAAGCAACUUGUCAAGCAAUUCGAAUGGCUUGAUAGAGAUCUCACAGAAGCUAACAGACCUGAAAACAGGGCUAAAAGACCAUGGGUUGUUACAUAUGGCCACAGACCUAUGUACUGUAGUAACUUAAAUUCCGACGAUUGCACAAACCACCAGUCAUUAGUAAGAGUUGGACUGCCAUUCCUCAAUUGGUUUGGUUUAGAAGAUUUAUUCUUUAAGCACAAAGUAGAUCUAGAACUUUGGGCACAUGAACACAGCUAUGAGCGUUUAUGGCCUAUAUACGAUUUUAAAGUUUACAAUGGAAGCUACUCUGCGCCAUACACAAAUUACAAAGCACCAGUACAUAUAAUCACUGGUUCUGCAGGCUGUAAAGAGGGAAGAGAGAAAUUCGUUCCACAAAGGCCACCGUGGUCAUCGUUCCGUAGCUCCGAUUACGGAUUUACGAGAAUGACAGCACACAAUAAGACGCAUUUGUACUUGGAACAAGUUUCAGAUGAUAAAGAGGGUGAAGUUAUUGAUAGGGUUUGGUUAAUUAAAGAUAAUUUUUUGCCGAAUUACGUUGUACCUGAUAUGUAAUGUAAACUGUUACUACAGUUUUAUUGUUUUUAUAAACGAUGAUGAUCUUCAAAUAAGAAUGAACAAAUCAAAUGUAUUGUAAAUUUUAUAUUAAGAUUAAGAACUGUGAUUACUGUUUUAAGAACACGUCUUUUUAUUUUUAUGCAAUAAUCUCGACUUACCUUUAUUAGUUCUUAUUAUACUAAUAUUUAGAAAACUUGUAUCCAUUUGUAUAGAUAAAAAAACAUUUUUUUAAUUGGGAUAGUUUACAAUAAAUAAGUCAGAUUUGAAUAAUAAUAAUAAUAAUAAUAUUUACUUAUAAAUGUCAUUUGUAAAAGGCGAUUUCACGCAAGUUUUUUUAAUGUACAAAUUACUUGAUUGCAGCCAUGGCCCUUUGCGCAAGCAGUUGUAGAAUGAAACACAAAUCAUGCCUUCGUUGAUUAGAGAGAAAAGAUGAUUUUCAAAUGGACUACUUAUAUCUUACAAUUAAGAAAAAAUAGAGGUCUUAAAAUUUCAAAAAAUCAAAUAAGGUAAAAGGCCCAGUACAUGGACAGAUUUUGAGGAAAUUUUAGAAGCUCAUUUAUUUCGCACGGAUAAAUUGCGAAGUAUCAAAAUGAUUUUAACACUAACGUUUAGCCGACAUAAUUAACUUUCAA